GCACAGAAGAAGCAGAGCUUGGCUUGCUUCAUCUGGCGAAGGAUCGAGCUAGAGGAGCUCUAGUGCAGGGAGAUAGCAGAGAGAUCACAAGGACAAGCGCAGAGCAAUGGCGUCCUCCUCUGCUGUCCCUUCCAGUGCCGUCGCCGUCGCCGCGGCGGUGCUGCUGCUCGCCGCCGUGGGAGCCGAGGCCGAGACGAGGAAGUACCAGUUCAAUGUGCAAAUGGCGAGCGUGACGCGGCUGUGCGGCACGAAGAGCAUCGUGACGGUGAACGGGCAGUACCCGGGUCCGACGCUGUUCGCGCGGGAGGGCGACCACAUGGAGGUCACCGUGGUGAACCGCUCCCCCUACAACGUCAGCCUGCACUGGCACGGCGUGCGGCAGCUGCUCAGCGGGUGGGCCGACGGGCCGGCCUACAUCACGCAGUGCCCCAUCCAGCCGGGCGGGAGCUACGUCUACCGCUACCAGAUCGUCGGGCAGCGGGGGACGCUGUGGUGGCACGCCCACAUCUCCUGGCUCCGGUCCACGCUCUACGGGCCCAUCGUCAUCCUGCCCCCCGCCGGCGUGCCCUACCCGUUCCCCAAGCCCGACGAGGAGGUGCCCCUCAUGUUCGGCGAGUGGUGGAGGAACGACACCGAGGCGGUCAUCGCGCAGGCGCUGCAGACCGGGGGAGGACCCAACAUCUCUGACGCCUACACCAUCAACGGGCUCCCGGGGCCCCUCUACAACUGCUCGGCGCAGGACACCUUCAGGCUGAAGGUGAAGCCCGGCAAGACGUACAUGCUCCGGCUCAUCAACGCCGCACUCAACGACGAGCUCUUCUUCUCCGUCGCCAACCACACGCUCACCGUCGUCGACGUCGACGCGCUCUACGUGAAGCCCUUCGCCGUCGACACCCUCGUCAUCGCGCCGGGGCAGACCAGCAACGUGCUCCUCGCCGCCAAGCCGGCGUUCCCGGGCGCGCGCUACUACAUGGAGGCCCGCCCCUACACCAACACGCAGGGCACCUUCGACAACACCACCGUCGCCGGCAUCCUCGAGUACGAGGACCCCUCCUCCUCCUCCUCCUCCUCCUCCUCCUCCUCCGCCACCACCGCCGCCGCCGCCAACCUCCCCAUCUUCGCGCCGACCCUGCCGCAGAUCAACGACACCAACUUCGUAGCCAACUACACCGCGAGGCUCCGGAGCCUCGCGACCGCCGCGUACCCGGCCGCCGUGCCCCAGAGCAUCGACCGCCGCUUCUUCUUCACCGUGGGGCUCGGCACCCACCCGUGCGCCGUCAACGGGACCUGCCAGGGCCCCAACGGAUCCCGGUUCGCGGCGGCCGUCAACAACGUCUCGUUCGUGCUCCCCACAACGGCGCUGCUGCAGGCGCACUUCGCCGGCAGGUCCAACGGUGUGUACACCACCGACUUCCCCGCCGUCCCGCUGAUGCCGUUCAACUACACCGGCCCGCCUCCGAACAACACCAACGUGAUGAACGGGACCAGGGUGGUGGCGCUGCCGUUCGGAACCACCGUCGAGCUGGUGCUGCAGGACACGAGCAUCCUCGGCGCCGAGAGCCACCCGCUGCACCUGCACGGCUUCAACUUCUACGUCGUCGGCCAGGGGUUCGGCAACUUUGACCCCGUCAACGAUCCGGCCAAGUUCAACCUCGUCGAUCCCGUCGAGCGCAACACCGUCGGCGUGCCCGCCGGCGGCUGGGUCGCCAUCCGCUUCCGUGCCGACAACCCAGGCGUGUGGUUCAUGCAUUGUCACCUGGAGGUGCACAUGAGCUGGGGACUGAAAAUGGCGUGGCUGGUGCAGGACGGGAGCCUGCCGAACCAGAAGCUUCCGCCUCCACCGUCGGACCUGCCGCAAUGCUAGGCACGAAAUGAACGCGACCAAGACCAAUGGAUAUGAUUGCACCAUUUCCCACCAAAAUCACUGCUUCGUUUGCUCGAUUAGUUGCCAUUUUGCUAUUAUACGAUCGAUCGUCUUCGUCGUCGUAUCUCAUCAUUAUUUCCUUAUUGGUGUGUUUUUUUAACUAAUUGACUAUUCCUCAGGCGACUGACCAUGUCAGAUAAGUGUUUCCUUUUUGUUUUCAGCGGCAUUACUGUGAGAGGUUUGCUUCUUUUCUUCGCAGAGCUUCGCUCUUAUGAGUGCAUGCAUGCCUUCUUGUUACCUUUCUUGUAGCUCAAAGCUUGCCUGCAGCUUUUGUGUCUUGUGUGUAUUGAUGCAUUGUAACCUUGUACUUGCUUGCCGCAGUAAUUAAUAAAGAGCGCAGAUGCGAAUGAUUUCGGUA